AAGAUACGGGCACGCUUUGUUUUUCGCCUAUUAAAAAAAGUUGUUUUGUGUGCAAAAAUUUUUGUGUUUAAUUGAUAUACGCUAGACAAAUAUUGUUAUUGUAACAUAGUUCGCUUAUUGGAAUCAACGGGCAAAUAAGCAAGGCAAACAACAAAGACUUGAUUCUGCAAAUAAGAAAAUAUCGCCAUCAAAGUGUCUGCAUACGAAAGCAUGGAUUUGCAGCAUAUGGAGAAUGGCCUCGGUGGGGGAGGCGGUGGAGUUGGUGGUGGGGGAGGUGGUUUAAACGAGAUUGACUUUCAACGACUGGCACAAAUAAUCGCGACCAGCAUUGAAAAAGUACAACAAAAUGUGUCCACUAUGCAGCGUAUGGUUAAUCAGCUGAAUACGCCACAGGAUUCGCCUGAAUUGAAAAAACAAAGUCAUCAGUUAAUGACCUACACCAAGCAGCUGGUGACGGAUACCAACAAUCAGUUGAAGGAGGUGGACAAAUGCAAGGAGCGACAUUUGAAGAUGCAACGUGAUCGCCUUGUUGAUGAUUUCACAGCGGCAUUGACCGCCUUUCAGGCCGUGCAACGCAAGACAGCAGACAUUGAGAGAAGUGCGUUGCACCAGGCGCGUGCACAGAACUACAGCAUCGCCCAUCCGCCAGGCUCAACGCGCUCGAGCAGCGCCAAUGGCAGCGCGAACAAUGACAAUGGUUCGUUCUUCGAGGACAACUUUUUCAAUCGCAAAUCAAAUCAGCAACAGCAACAGCAGCAAAUCCAAACGCAAAUGCAGGAGGACGCCGAUCUGCAGGCACUGGAGGAACAGGAGCGUGCCAUACGCGAGCUAGAGAACAAUAUUGUGGGUGUGAAUGAGAUCUACAAGAAUCUGGGUGCUAUGGUCUAUGAGCAGGGCGUUACUGUGGAUUCAAUUGAGUCGCAAGUAGAGCAAACAAGCAUUUUCGUUUCACAAGGCACAGAAAAUUUGCGCAAGGCUAGCUCAUAUAGGAACAAAGUGCGAAAGAAGAAGCUGAUUCUGGCUGCCAUCCUAUUCGCUGUACUAUUGGCCAUCAUUUUGAUACUAGUGUUUCAAUUCAAAAACUAAGCAUUGGAACACCGAGCCAACUAUAUAGAAAAGCAUCUACAAAUUUAUUGAAAUCUAGGAAAUUGUUGCGAAAAAGACAAGUGUUGCCGCACGCAGGCCUCCUUUCCGUAAUUUAGACGCAUUUGUGGCUUUAAAAACUAAAAGAAAAAAAAAGAAGAAAAAUACCUUCCAAAUAUGGGAUAGCACCGGAAAGAAUUGCUAACACUCAGUUGCAUGUAUCGAAAAGUAUUCACUCCCGUGUUAGUUAAAAUGCGAUUACACACACAUACACACACGCAAUAAUAUGUUACUAAUAAUUAUUAUUCCCCCCUAACGAGUUAUAUAUUAUAUUUUAUACUUAUGUGUAUAAUUGAUGCAAUAA